UUCAUCAGCCUCUCCUCACCCCCGGAGGCCGCAGAGAGGCUCCUGCCCUGAGCUCCCACCGCCGCUGCCCCGGCUCCUGACACGAUGCAGGCCAUCAAGUGUGUGGUGGUGGGAGAUGGAGCUGUGGGCAAGACCUGUCUCCUCAUCAGCUACACCACCAAUGCCUUCCCAGGAGAGUACAUCCCCACCGUGUUUGACAACUACUCUGCCAACGUGAUGGUGGACAGCAAGCCGGUGAACCUGGGGCUGUGGGACACCGCGGGCCAGGAGGACUACGACCGCCUGCGGCCGCUCUCCUACCCACAGACGGAUGUCUUCCUCAUCUGCUUCUCCCUCGUCAGCCCGGCCUCCUAUGAGAAUGUCCGCGCCAAGUGGUUCCCCGAGGUGCGGCACCACUGCCCCAGCACACCCAUCAUCUUGGUGGGCACCAAGCUGGACCUGCGGGACGACAAGGACACCAUCGAGAAGCUGAAGGAGAAGAAGCUCAUGCCUGUUAGCUACCCCCAGGGCCUGGCGCUGGCCAAGGAGAUCGACUCUGUGAAGUACCUGGAGUGCUCCGCCCUCACCCAGCGAGGCCUGAAAACUGUCUUUGACGAGGCGAUCCGGGCCGUUCUGUGUCCCCAGCCCACGCGGCAGCAGAAGCGUGCAUGCAGCAUCCUUUAGGGGUGGCACCCAGUCCUCACAGCCAGGUGACGGUUCUGCUGAAGGACCGUCACCCAACGCCCGCUGGCACCCCGCUGUCAUGCUGUCCCCUCCUUGUUGAACUUGCUAGCAGACUGCUGCAGAGCUUGGCUCAUCAUCUCCACUGAACUGGAGGCACCAGGAGCCGGGAAGCUGUGGUUCUGCAGGCGUUGUGUCCUGACUCUUCAUACCCUGCUUUCUCUGGGCCAGGUGCGGCCAAGCGUCACACCUCUGUCACUGUGUUUAGUGCCGGCUGCCACAAAUGGCCAGUCACACUCCACUCCUGACUCCCCUGGACUCUGGGCAGACUGGCCUUCAGCCGCCAUCUUCAUGCCUUACGGGUGUCUCCUUCAGUGUGGUUGUCCUGCUUGUCUGAAGUCUGAAGUUCUACUCAUCUAAAUAUUUGAUACCAUGGUCCUUGUUUUCCUUUUUGAGAGCCACGAGACAAAUAAAACUGGUAUUUCCCAUUGAAUCAAGAGCCAGGCUGUAGCUGA